CCCCUGCUUUGAAUUUUGCUGCAACAGUUGUUUUUUCUAGGAUUUUAGGUCAACUAAUUCUAUCCUUUCAGACCGAAGCUCACAAAAUUGCCUCUUUGACACGACACUCAAUUCUCCGCCAGCAAAGCACAACUGUUAACAUUUACUCUCGACCUUUUACUACUUACCGAUGAAUAAUUAUUUCAAUCACGCGCAAUGUGUAGCAUAUAGCCAGGGAGAAGAGAGCUGUCUUUUGGGGAAGACCGCUGCUUCAACGGUACAAUUUCCCAGUAAGAGCUACUGCAAAUUGCUCAUUUGUUAUCGGCACCUGUGACUGCCAGCGGUGUAAGCCCUGUUCUCAAUCCCUUUCGUCGCGCUUUCACUUAGCCGUGUCUGCCUAUUUAAACCCAUUCUUCUGUUGCUUUUCGAUAAACCAUACUAUUUCUUCACUACAGUUCAAAUCUUUCAAAGCUGUGUUCCUCUACUGAAAAAUCCCACUUAAAAUGGCUGUUCUAAGGUAUCAGAGGAUUGUGAUGCAUGUCAUGCUAGUAUGUAUGGCGGCAUUGUCCACAGUGGAUGCCGCCGCACGGCCCCUUUUUCACUGGAGAAAGCUCUCUGCUCUGGUAAAAGAAGAGCCUCUUGUUCUUAAAUACCACAAUGGCCCUCUUCUUACCACAACACCCACUCUCAAUCUUCAUCUCAUAUGGUACGGCAAUUUCUCUUCCGCACAGCGUGCCAUUGUAGCCGAUUUUGUGCAGUCAUUGGGAAUGGAAAGCGGCAAGCAGGGUUUUCCCUCUGUUUUCACCUGGUGGAAGACAACAGAGGCCUACAGAGGCUCUGUUCCUUCCCAAAUAAACCAAGCUAAACCUUUAACCCGAAGGCUGGGGAAGCAGAAGCUGGACGAAGCUUAUUCUCUCGGAAAGUCCUUGAAAAGGAGUGACAUUGCCGUCCUGGUGAAGAGUGCUAUGCAGUCCAGAGCUCUGGCUCCACCCCAGAAGAAGAAAAGCAAUGGCGAGGUGGAGUUGUAUUUGGUGCUGACAUCUGGGGAUGUUAUGGUGGAGAACUUCUGCAGUAGCUCUUGCGGAUUCCAUGGAAGCGACAAAGCAGACAUUGAAUACGCUUACGCUUGGGUGGGGAACUCAGCAACGCAGUGCCCGGGGCAGUGUGCGUGGCCAUUUCAUCAGCCAAUUUACGGCCCGCAGAGCCCUCCUCUGCUGCCUCCUAAUGGCGAUGUGGGCAUUGACGGUAUGAUCAUCAACAUUGCGGCGACGAUUGUAGGAGCAGUGACGAAUCCGUUUAAGUCAGGAUACUUUCAGGGCGAUGCCGCUGCUCCGUUGGAAGCGGUCUCAGCGUGUCCGGGCAAGUAUGGAAGCGGAGCUUAUCCCGGUUAUGCUGGGAAACUGUUGGUGGACGAGACGACAGGUGCCAGUUACAACGCUCAUGGCGUAAACGGCCGCACGUUCCUUCUACCGGCAAUGUGGGAUCCCACCUCACGAUCCUGCAAGACCUUGGUCUAAAUCACCCAUAACAUUAUUCGAAAAUUGUUGUAUACGAUUCUUUUAUUCUUAUAUUAUUUAAAUCAAUAAACAAUUUUUCAUACAUGCAAGAA